CACCUGGAAAUCCCUCUCUACUUUACCCAGCUCUCAUCUCUCUUCCCAGCUUACUUUACCACCCCCAUCCUCCCUCUCCCUCUCUCUGUGUUAGAGUCCCAUUGCUUCUUCUUCCCCUGACCACAGCCUCUCACUCAAUGCCAAACACCACCACUGCAGAUCACACCAAGCCAUGCGGCCUCCUCCCGGAUCCAUCCAACGCCGGAGCACGCGUUCGCACGGGUAGCUAGCGAACAAACGCAACAACGCGGCCGUCGCCAAGCGAUAAUGGCAGAGCAUGCAAGCAACGAGAGGAAGACGACAAUGGCCGCGGCCCGCCUCUGCGCCACCGACAGCGGUUACGGCGCCUUGGCAGUUUCUCUCUGCCUCCUACACGACCUGCUCGCCGUCGCGGCGUUCCUCGCCUCCCACCCGCUCCACGCCGUGUACCUCCUCCUCUUCGUUCGACACCUCCUCUCCGUCGCCGCAUUCUUCUGGCCCCUCCUCGUCUCCACGUCGCUCCUCCUCGCCGUUCUCGUCACCGUCGGGCCCUACCUCGGCGGCGCGGAGUGGCCGGGGGUCAGGUCCCUUGGGCGGACCUGCUGCAUUGCCGUCGCCGUGCUCUGCACCGAGCUCAGGCCUGACUGCGCCGGCUGCAGCGGAGGUAUUGCUGGGCUGGUCGAGCAGCUCUGCUCCUUCGUCCUCGGCCCCGACGACGCUGCCGCCAUCCUCCGCGUCGAGGAGAUCAUGGGUGAGCUCUGUGACAUUUCUGGUUCUUGCUUUGUGUUGGACUUGGACGAGGAGAAGAGCUUGUUGUUGCUAGAUGGUGAUGAGUGCAAUGAACUUGCAUUUGAGCUCCCAUUAAUCGAUGAUACCAUUUGUGAGAAAAGCAUCUUGAAUCAUGAGAAUUUUGGUGAGAUUAAGGAUGAAAUUGAUGAUAAAGUUGUGAUUUCCGAGGAAUCGAAGAGCCCUAAUUCUUUAGCAGAGCAAUGUUGCCCAAGUGUGACAAUGCUUGUUCAAGAAAUGAAAGCAGAGGAAGAAGUGAAUGUCAUUCAGGAGCAGGGGUUGGUUCUGUCAGAUAAGGAUGAAGUCAGUGAUGGUGUCAAGGAGAAAAGGUUGGAGUGUGAUCCUGUGUCAGUAGAGAUUAAGAAACCUGAGACAAUGGAAUCUAUGGAGAUCAAGAAAUUUGAGCAUGUGGAACCAAUGGAGAUCGAUAAAUACAAGCCAGUGGAAUCAAUGAAGAUCAAGAAAUUGGAGCCAGUGGAAUCAAUGGAGAUCAAGAAAUUGGAGCCAGUGGAGCCAAUGGAGGUCAAGAGAUGUGAACUGGCAAAACGGCGUUCUUCGGUUGCUAGUCGCAUCAAACUAUGGGAGGCACAAGUAUCUAGCAAUAUCAAGCCAGUUGUUGAGGACAAGGAGGACAAUUCAGUGGAGUUCAGUUUGGAUAAUCAGUCAUUCAAGGAUGUGAAGAAAUGUGAACAAUAUGAGGCUGAUCCUUGUGACACAAAAUGCGGCAGCGAGCAGCAUGCUCAAGAAGUUGCUUCUGUUGAACAACCUGUCGAACAAGAGCAAGGACAAGAAUUCAAGGAUGUCAGGGAAUACAUGCACUCGGAGGCUGAAUUUUUUAGUGAAAAAUGCAGCCAAGACGUGCAAACUGAAGAAAGUGUCCCUGAUGUUGCACAGGCUGAACAAGAACUACAGGGACAAGACUGCCAAGAUGUGCAGCCUGAACCAGUGUUACAGGAGCAGGUGUACAAAAUUCUGCAAUCUGAACAAGAUCUGCAAGAAAGGGAGGAGUACAAGGAUGUGACGCAAUCUCCAGUCAUGUGCAAUGAGAGGGAGAAUCCUCUGAAGUCGACAUCGAUCGCUGGCCGAGUGCACUCGAGAACCUCGUCGGAUAACCUUGUCAGCGAGGGGUCACCGCUGCAGAAGGAGAAGGAAUGGAAGAGGACGCUGGCGUGCAAGCUCUACGAGGAGCGCAUGCAGCUCAGGCUCUGCCGGGACCGUGCCGUGGUAGAGGGCAGCGACAACAUGGAUAUGCUCUGGGAGGCCUACGAGGUAGGCAGCGGCAGCAACGGCAUUGGCAAGGGCGCAAAGCGUGGCAGCGGCAAGGCGAAAGGCGGUGCCAUCAAGCAAGAUGAAUUGGUUGAGGAAGGCAAGGAAGAGGAGGAAGAAGCCGAUGAUAAUGAAGAAGGUUCUGUAAGGCAGCUGUGCUGCCUGCAGGCUCUGAAGUUCUCCACCAAGAAGAUGAACUUUGGAGGUGGCAAGCCUAGUUUGGCCAAGAUCUCAAAGGUACUGAAGAGGAUGACUGCGCUGUCAAGGGUCGGAUCGCGGCGCAGCCAGAAGAGCUGAAGGCCGGCAAUGGUGAUCAAUGGAUGGGUGAUCUUGUCGAAUUUAGAGCUGUGUAAUUUCUCUGUACUCGUUGUGCUCCUUUUAAUCGCGUGUUUUUUUUUUUCAGUUUGUGUAUAUGGUAUAUAUACCCAACGGUUUCAGAGAGAUUUGGGUAAUUACAGGGUUGUUACUUGACCUGCAGAAUGUAAUAAACCUUAAUCUGGUGUGUGUAUUUUUCUAUGCUUUGAGUAAAUGUUGAGUCUCUAUUGGCAGUUAAAAUGCAUUUUUUAAAGACCAA